AUGUGCCACCACCACCAAGCAAGUUCCUUUGAAGAAAGCAGCCCGUCAUCUGAGCCCACACCGUUGCCCAAGAUGAAAGUCCUGAUUCUCGGGCUCCCCAGGACAGGAACCCAAUAUCUCGCCGCAGCUCUCGCCGACGCGCUGAUCCAGCUCGGGAUCAGCCCCGUCUACCACAUGCGCGAAGUCGGGGUCAACCACCACCAGGACUUUUGGAUCCGCGCCAUCGAGGACCACAUCCCGCCCUUCUCCACGUCGAAGCAGAAGAAGCUCACCACCACCCCCUGGACCCGCGAGCAGUGGGACACCAUCCUCGCGCCCUACGAAGCCGUCUCCGACUUCCCGCCGGCGCUCUUCCCAACGGCGCUGGCGGCCGCGUACCCUGACUGCCCCAUCAUCCUCUCCACGCGAUCCUUCGAGUCCUGGGCGGCGUCGAUGCGCGACACGCUGAUCCACGGGUUCGUCAACCGCGACCGCGAGAAGAGGAGCCCGAUGGAGGGGCUGGCGGCGGCGUACCACUCUGCAUGCUGGGGGGACGACUUUGAAAGGAACGGGCGGGGGUAUUGGGAGCGGCACCAUGAGGAAGUGAGGGCGCUGAGGGAGGGCGGGAGGCGGUUUUUGGAAUUUUGUCCGGGGGACGGGUGGGGCCCGCUUUGUGAGUUUCUGGGGGUAGAUGUGCCUGAGGGCGUGCCGUUUCCGAGGAGUGAUGAUUGGGUUGAGUAUAAGAAGAAGGUUGAGCGGGAGAGGACGGAGGGGAAGGUUGAGCGAGGUUGCGUGGUGGAUUGGAGUUGA